AUCCCGAGGCGUUCCCAGGCCUAAUAUUUAUGUGUUAUAUCUGUGUUGAAGGAGGAGAGAAACUUCCAUCAUGAAGGGCAGAACGAGUCUCCUCCUCUUCCUCGUCAUAGCGGCGUGUUCCUCUGGAUCCGCUGCUCUGACUACAGAGUGUGAAAACGCCACCUUGGCCGACAUCGUCUUCCUGGUCGACGGCUCCAACAGCAUCGGUCGCGAUAACUUUCAGAAGGUCCGGUCUUUUCUCUGCAGCCUCAUCAAGGCCCUGGACAUCGGCCCUGACAAGGUUCGGAUCGGCUUGGCUCAGUACAGCAAUAAAACCUUCCCGGAGUUCCUGCUGAAGGAUCACACGAACAAGAAAUCCUUGCUGGCUGCAGUGGAAAAGCUUCCCUACCGAACAGGAGGCACCAAAACAGGCGAGGCCAUCGAAUACCUCCAAAAGAACUACUUCACAGAGGGCGCUGGGAGCCGAGCCAAACAACGGGUGCCUCAGAUCGCUGUGGUCAUCACGGAUGGAGACUCCCAGGACAACGUGACGCCGUCCGCCCAGCUCCUGAGGAAGCACGGAGUCAUCGUGUUUGGCAUUGGGGUCGGAGCAGCCAACCGGAAGAAGAUGGGGUCCAUCGCUAACUGGCCUCCAGAGCGCUUCCUGUCCUCUAUCAAAAACUACCAGGAUCUGAAGACACUGAAAGAUCGUCUGCUGCAAAUGGUUUGCGUCACUGUGGAGGAUCAGAGGCAAGCUUUGGCGGACCGGUUUGGAGAUACUUUGUUCCUGGUGGACAGCGGCAUACCUCCCGAACAGUUCUCCAUAUUUAAGAAAGACUUUCUCAAAUUGAUUGACGAGCUUAACGUCGGCGCGUCCAGCUACCGCAUCGGUUUGGCUCAGUACGGUCAAGAACCCAAGAUGGAGUUUUAUCUCAAUACUUUUCAAACUAAACAGGAAACCCUGGCUGUUGUGAAACGUUUCCGCCUUGCCCCGCAACCCAACCGACCACGAAACCUGGGCCGAGCUCUGAAGUACGCCAGCACUCACUUUUUUACCCGUGAGGCGGGGGGGCGAGCCCACCAAGGCACCCCACAGUCCCUGGUCGUUGUGAGUGGAAGAAAGUCCGAUGAUUAUGUGUCCGAGCGCGCUCAAAAUAUCAAAAAAGCAGCGGUAACUGUUUAUGGGAUGAGUGCAGGUGCAAGCAUGGAUGAGUUAAUGUUAUUUGCCAGUGAUGGAUACGCAUUCGAUUCUCCCCGAUUACUUCUUUUGAAGGAUUUCUUGAUGACGGAGCAAAAGGAGACCAUUACUGAAGAUUGCAAAGGAGCCAUUGUGGCCGACAUCGUGUUCAUCGUCGAUGAGUCUGGAAGCAUCGGAAACGACAACUUCCAGCUGGUGCGCACUUUCCUCCACUCGGUUGUGAGCGGCUUGGAUGUCAGUCCGUCUCGUGUCCGAGUGGGCAUCGUUACGUACAACACCGAGUCCACAGCACAGGUCUACCUCGACACCUUCGAUGACAAGGACGAAGUCCUCCAGUUCAUCAAGAUCCUGCCUUACGGUGAAGGCGGAACGAACACUGGAGCAGCUCUAAACUUCACCCUGAAAGAAAUCUUCAUUGAGGAAAAGGGCAGUAGGAAAGCAAAGGGUGUCCAGCAGGUGGCGGUGGUGAUCACAGACGGUGAAUCCCAGGACACCGUGAGCGACGCAGCGAUCAACCUCCGUCGGGCUGGGGUCACCAUUUACACUGUAGGAAUCGAAAAUGCUAACAAGCCUCAACUGGAGGAGAUGGCGACUCACCCCUCUCAUCAGUAUGUCUUUAAUGUGGACAGUUUCACAGAGCUGAAGCCCCUGAAGCUGAGCCUGCAGAAAGUCCUGUGUGAAAACAUCAUUGACCGAGUCGCCUCAGUUGGUACAAGGGAAACGAGCAACAGAGAAGCAUGUGUGCAAAAAGAUGAAGCGGACAUCUUCUUCCUGAUGGAUGACUCGGGGAGCAUUAAGAACCUAGACUUCGAAGACAUGAAGACCUUCAUCAUCAAGUUUCUACAUACCUUCACUAUUGGGCCAGAAAAUGUACGUGUGGGGCUUGUGAAAUAUGCUGAUUCGCCAACUAUAGAAUUCGAUAUGACAGCCUACCCAGAUGCCAAGUCAUUGGAGAAAGUCGUCUUGGGUAUUGAACACGUAGGAGGUGGGACAGAAACAGGAAAAGCUCUGUUAUCUAUGGGCAAACACUUUGAGAGAGCCGUGGCCAGCCGGGUUCACAAAGUCCCAGAGUACCUGAUCGUCAUCACAGACGGGGAAUCCACCGAUGAGGUCAAGGCUCCGGCAGAACAACUGAGGGCUCAGGGCGUCAUCAUCUACGCCAUCGGGGUGAAAGAUUCAAACAAAACGGAGCUGGAAGAGAUCGCCGGCGACCCCAAGAGGACCAUCUAUGUCAAUAAUUUUGAUGCCUUGAAAUCCAUCAACGAUGACAUCAUCACAGACAUCUGUUCUGAAGACGCUUGCAGAGAUGUACAGGGUGACAUCUUUUUCUUAACUGACAGCUCUGAGACCAUCUCUGAGAAAGACUUUCAGACAAUGAAAGAGUUCAUGAAAUCUGUCAUCAGCAAGUCCGCCAUCGGGCAAACCGAAGUGCAGGUCGGCGUCAUGCAGUUCAGCACAAACCACAAUCUGGAGUUCCCCCUCAGGCACUACAGCAGCCCAGAUGACAUAAUGUCAGCCAUCGAUAAUAUGGAGCAGAUGAAUCAAGGCACGCUCACAGGUAAGGCCCUCAAAGAGGUGUCGCAGUAUUUCGAUGCAACCAGAGGAGGGCGACCUGGCAAGAGGCAGAGUCUGAUAGUGAUAACAGACGGUGAGGCCAAAGACCAGGUCAAAGGCCCCGCUGAGGAUCUGAGGGCCAAGGGAGUGGUGGUCUACGCCAUCGGCAUUGCGGACGCCAACAAGACCCAGCUGGAAGAGAUCAGCGGUUCAUUGGACAGGGUAUAUGUUAAGAGGAACUUUGAUGCUCUGAAGGACUUGGAACGCCAGAUGACCUUGAAGAUCUGCAAGAAAGAUUGUCGGAUAGGAAAAGCUGACAUUAUUUUCCUGGUGGACAGCUCCACAAGCAUAGAUCCACCAGAAUAUGAAAGUAUGCGGACGUUUAUGGAGACAGUAGUGAACCAAACCACAGUCGGCGAAGACCAGACUCGUUUUGGGCUCAUCUCCUUCUCGAAUUACACCGUGCCUCAUUUGACUCUGAAUGCUUUUUACUCCAGACGAAAAGUUCUGGAAGCGAUCCCCGUUAAGAAUCCACAAGAAGGAAACACUUACACAGGCGAGGCCUUGAAAUACUCGCUGGAGUUCUUUAGCGCUCAGCAUGGUGGCCGGAGAGACCGCAAGGUGCCUCAGAUUCUCAUGGUGAUCACAGACGGGGUUUCCAACGGUCGUUUAGACUUAAAAGAGACAUCUGAUGCACUGAGAAACAACGGGGUCAUUGUCGUCAGUAUCGGAGUGAAAGCAUUAGAGGAUGAGCUGGAGCAGAUGGCUCGUGAGCUGAAGACGAUGGCUGGUGGAGACGAAUCCAAAGUUUUCUACGUGGACGCCUUUGAGGGACUAGAAACUUUGUACAGAAACAUGUCUAAUGUCUUCUGCAUUAAGAGCGCUUGCGAGGCCGACCUGGUCUUCCUACUGGACUACUCCAGCAGUAUCAACGCAUCAGAAUACAACGUCAUAAAAAACUUUACGACAGACCUGGUGAACAGCUUCAACGUCAGUGAAGACUUUGUGCACGUUGGACUUGCACAGUUCAGCAAUGUACCGAAACAUGAGUUUGACCUCAACAAGUACUUCCAUAAGGAGGAUUGCAUCUCACACAUCCAAGGCUUGGAAUACAAAGGUGGAGACACCUAUAUCGGAAAGGCCUUGGAUCACAUCAAGGAUUACUUUGAGGUGUCGCGGGGCAGCCGCAGGGAGAUCCCCAACAUCCUGGUGUUGAUCUCAGAUGGUAAUUCUCACGAUGAAGUGAGGGACGCAGCCAGCAGUCUCAAGGAUGUGGGGAUCAAGGUGUUUGCCAUCGCCGUCGGAGACGUUUACCCCCUGAAGCUCCUUCAAAUCACCUAUACUCCAGAGAGGCUGUUUACAGUGCGGAACGUCAACGAAUUGGCUAAUAUCAAGCAAAAGGUGUUGGACGAGAUUUGUCCAAAGGAUCCGCCCCCCCAAGCCUGCAGUAUCGAUAUCGCCAUGGGAUUCGAUAUUUCUCGGGAAGACCGAGGUCCUGGCGAGAUGCUGAUCAGCGGCCACGCCAAGCUCCAGGCCUUCCUGCCAGAGAUCGUCCGUUACGUUUCUUCGGUACAAGGUCUGUGCUGCGGCGUUACGGAUCCUGUCAAGACCAACAUUGCCUUUCGAGUGCUCGGUAGAGACGGACAGCGCCUGUACAACACAAACUUUGAGCCCUACAGCAGCAACGUGGUGCAUAAAGUCAUGAACCUGCAGAUGUCAGGACCUUCCUACUUCAAGACAGCCCUGCUGAAGUCCUUCAAGGAGAUGUUCAAGAUCCAGUCCAAAGCUAACGUGAAGGUGCUGGUGAUCUUCUCAGACGGACUCGAUGAGGAUGUGAUGAACCUGGAGCAGGAAUCAGAGCUGCUGCGACAGUCUGGUGUUAGCGCUCUGCUGAUGGUGGCCCUGGAGGGGACCCGAGACCCCGCCCAGCUGCAGAUGGUGGAGUUUGGGCGAGGAUUCGGCUACAAGCUUCCUCUCAGUGUCGGCAUGCAGAGUGUCGGCAGUGCCGUCCUCAAGCAGAUUGACUUUGUGUCAGAGAGGGAGUGCUGCAACGUCAUGUGCAAAUGUUCGGGACAUGAAGGCGUCCGAGGCUCUCGGGGCCGCCCGGGCUCAAAGGGUCCGUCUGGACAGAAGGGUCAGCUGGGCUUCCCUGGAGAGGAAGGAGUCUUUGGGGAGCGAGGGCUUCCUGGACCAAGUGGACCUCAGGGCUUGGAGGGCUGUCCUGGAGCCAGAGGACACAAGGGCUCCAGAGGAUUCUCCGGUGAAAGGGGCGAAGACGGAGCAGAUGGACUGUUCGGAGUCGAUGGAGAGCAGGGACUGACUGGAACAGAUGGAGCUCAAGGAGAGAGAGGAGAGCCUGGAAACCCAGGUAUCCCGGGUAUCAGAGGGGAGGCGGGGCUUAGAGGACAGCGAGGACUCAGAGGAGAUCCGGGUGAACCAGGGGCUGAUAACACCAGUCCGGGAGCCAAAGGGGACCCUGGGAACCCAGGUUUACCGGGAUUAUCUGGAGUGGACGGGGGGGCAGGUAGCGAUGGAGGCCUCGGGAACCCGGGUCCAGACGGGAGGAGAGGCUCUGUGGGGCAGAAGGGGCUACCUGGAGACCCGGGGGAUCCAGGACUUCAGGGCAGCCCAGGUGCUUCUGGUCCUCAGGGAAGCAGAGGAAAAAACGGUGGUCGUGGACCAAAAGGACUCUCUGGCCUUCCUGGACCUCAGGGUGGACCAGGACCAGCUGGAGAGCCGGGAUUAGCCGGACGUCGUGGAGCUAACGGACAGAAGGGCCAACCAGGAGAGCCGGGUGUGAAGGGAGCUCCUGGAUCACGGGGACCCAGAGGAAUGGCGGGUCAAGACGGAAAAGACGGUUACGGACCUCGAGGACCCGAAGGAGCCAAGGGAGAUCCUGGUUUCCCUGGUUACCUUGGUCUACAGGGUGAGAAAGGUCUGGAGGGACCCAAAGGCUACCCGGGGCCUAAAGGGAACCACGGUCGAGGGGGGAACUCAGGCGGUCUGGGAGCUUCAGGCAGGCCUGGAGAACCGGGUCAUCCAGGACACAAAGGUCCCAGAGGUCCUCCUGGAAGCAAAGGAAUGACUGAUUGUCAGCUGAUCAGCUACAUCAGAGACAACUGUGCUUGUUACCACGGUAUGUAUCAUCUCCAGUUUGUCUGGUGAGUAGAAGAGAAAAGUCCAGUUUACUCUCUAUUCAUUCACCUUUUAACCUUUUUUGGUUUAAACAUCUUGGUUUUGCUUUUUUUUAUUUGUUGGGAACCAGAAGUGACACGAGAGGGCGGAGCUAAGUACAACAAAAUGUUACCUGUAAUUUUAGGGCUAAAACGUCAUAAUUAACUUUGAUGAAGUGAAAACACACUGACACGCAGUGGUGUCGAC